GUCGUUGCAGAGAAUGGAAAAUGCCCCGAAUAAAUCACUUCUCGAGCAUAAUAAAGGGUUGUUGCAGAGUAUUGACUUGUAUGAGUAUAUCUUGGAAACCAGCGUGUACCCUAGGGAGCCAGCACCUCUCAAGGAGCUCAGGAUGGCUACUGCAAACCAUCCAUGGUUCUUCAUGAGUACUGCACCCGAUGCAGCUCAGUUAAUGGGGAUGCUCCUUAAGAUAGUGAAUGCAAAGAAGACAAUCGAAAUUGGUGUUUAUACUGGGUACUCUCUUCUCCUGACAGCUCUUUCAAUCCCAGAUGAUGGCAAGGUUCUAGCCAUAGAUAUAAACAGGGAAACAUAUGAGAUUGGUCUGCCCAUUAUCCGAAAAGCUGGUGUUGAACACAAAAUCGACUUCAUCGAGUCCCAAGCUAUACCAGUUCUCGACAAGCUUCUAAAAAAUUUAAGCACUAAAUAUCCACCCUAUAAAGCUCUAUUCCCAUUUUGUAUUACAAUUCUCGAACUCCAACGAGUCAAGCUCAUUUUCUUCUUUGUUUUUUUAUUUCAUCAGAAAGAGAAUGAAGGGAGUUUUGAUUUUGCAUUUGUUGAUGCGAACAAGGAUGAUUACAUGAAUUAUCAUGAAAGAAUUUUGAAGCUAGUGAAGGUUGGUGGCCUAAUCAUCUAUGACAACACUCUCUGGGGAGGCACGGUUGCUCGACCUGAAGAGGCUGUUUCAGAAGACAGAAGGGAUUCCAGGAGGUCCAUAAUCGAGUUUAACAAAUCCAUUUCAACUGAUCAUCGCCUGGAAAUCUCUCUUGCUCCAUGGGGUGAUGGGAUGACCAUUUGCAGGCGCAUUUGCUGAUGUUCUUCUUCACUUCUCCCAAAGAUCUUGAAAUAAAUGAAAGCAUGUUGGAAGAUCCUACUAUUUACUGACAAUAAGCAUCAGAACACUCAGAUGAAAAUAAGAUUAGUACAA